AUGGACGUCGCCGCCCUCCGAGACCGCAUACAAUCUACGCUCGACCCAAAUGCGGAUAUUCGACGUCAGGCUGAAUUGGAUCUGAAAUAUGCCGAGACGCAGCCUGGGUUUAUAAAUGCGCUUUUGGAUAUUUUGCAAGCGGAGCAGGUCAACGCCGUUCAACUUUCGGCCGGUGUUUACCUGAAGAACCGCAUCAACCGGGGUUGGGCACCCCUCGAAGAUAACCCACUGCGCACACCGAUUCGCGAGGAGGAGAAGCCAGGAUUUAGAGAACGCUUGAUUCCGGCCCUGGCAUCGACGCCCCCGAAUGUUCGCGCCCAGUUUGUCCCUCUUCUGCAGAAAAUUCUCCAAAAUGACUUCCCCGAACACUGGCCCGGGUUCCUGGAUAUCACGAUUCAGCUGUUGAGUGCCAAUGACGCAAACUCGGUGUACGCAGGCCUGCAGUGUCUGAUGGCCAUCUGCCGUGUGUACCGUUUCAAGGGUGGGGACAAGAGGGAAGAAUUCGACAAGAUUGUCGAGCACACUUUCCCUCAGCUGCUGAAUAUCGGAUUGCGACUUGUUGACGAAGAGAGUUUAGAGGCGGCGGAGAUGCUUCGCAUUGUUGUUAAAUCGUAUAAACAUGCGAUAUAUUUCGAACUCUCGCCGGCCCUCCAGACUCACCAGGCGACUGUCGACUGGUGUACACUAUUCCUACGAGUUGUCGCCAAGGACCCUCCUGCCAAUUCCAUGAUGGAAGAGAAGGAAGAGAGAGAACUCAACCAUUGGUGGAAGUGCAAGAAGUGGUCUUACGCCAACUUGAACCGUCUUUUCAUUAGAUACGGAAACCCAUCCACUAUGAGCAAGACCAGUACCCCCGACUACACUCCUUUCGCUAAGACUUUCAUCACCACCUUCGCCCCGGAGAUUCUCAAAGGAUAUCUGCAGCAGAUCGACAAGUGGGUCAACGGUCAAUGGCUCAGCAGCCCGGCGCUUUCCUACACCCUGAUUUACCUGGAAGAAUGUGUCAAGCCUAAGGUGAUGUGGGACCAUCUUAAGGCGCACAUGGACAACCUCAUCGCUCAUUUCAUCUUCCCGAUUAUGUGCCAAUCCGAUGAAGACAUCGAGCUCUUCCAGACAGACCCAUCCGAGUAUCUUCACCGGAAGUUGAACUACUACGAGGAGGUGUCCGCUCCAGACGUCGCAGCCACGAAUUUCCUAGUUGCGCUUACGAAGAACCGAAAGAAGCAGACGUUCUCCAUCCUCCACUUUGUCAACGGCGUGGUGAGCAAAUACGAAUCUGCACCCGAUGAGCAGAAGCUGCCAAGGGAGAAGGAGGGCGCCCUGCGCAUGAUCGGCUCCUUGUCUUCUGUCAUCCUGGGCAAGAAGAGCCCUAUUGCCGAUCAAGUGGAAUACUUCUUCGUCCGUCACGUCUUCCCCGAGUUCCGCAGCCCCCACGGCUUCCUCAGGGCUCGUGCUUGCGACACCCUGGAGAAGUUCGAGCAGCUCGAUUUCCAGGACCCCAACAACCUCAUGAUCAUCUACAGGAACAUCCUCGAAUCCAUGACCGAUCCGGACUUGCCUGUUAGGGUUGAGGCUUCUCUUGCCCUGCAACCUCUUAUCCGACACGACAUCAUCAGAACCUCGAUGCAGCAGAACAUCCCGCAAAUCAUGCAACAGCUUCUCAAGCUUGCUAACGAAGUCGAUGUCGACGCUCUUGCCAACGUCAUGGAGGACUUUGUUGAGGUCUUCUCUGCUGAACUUACACCUUUCGCCGUGGCGCUGAGUGAGCAGCUGCGCGAUACUUACAUGCGUAUCGUCGGUGAGCUUUUGGAGAGAAACGCCGCCAAGGGUGACGAUGAUGGAUUUGGUGAUUUCUUGGAUGACAAGAGUAUUACCGCUCUUGGUGUUCUGCAAACCAUUGGAACCCUUAUUCUCACCCUCGAGAGCACGCCAGACGUGCUCUUGCACCUCGAGACUAUCCUCAUGCCUGUGAUUAGCAUCACGCUUGAGAACAAACUCUAUGAUCUCUACAACGAGAUCUUUGAGAUCAUUGACAGCUGCACAUUUGCAUCCAAGUCUAUCUCUCCCACCAUGUGGCAGGCUUUCGAAUUGAUCCACAAGACCUUUAAGUCUGGUGCUGAGUUGUAUUUGGAGGACAUGCUCCCUGCACUGGACAACUAUGUCACCUAUGGAUCUCAGAUGAUUGUCCAGAACCCAGCAUACCUUGCAGCCGUCGUUGGCAUGGUCGAGGACAUUUUCCGGGACGAAAAGGUUGGUGGUGUCGACCGGAUAUGCGGAUGCAAACUGGCAGAGACGAUCAUGUUGAACCUCCGGGGUUACAUUGACCAAUACAUUCCCCUUUUCAUUGAGCUGGCAAUGCGCGUCAUUGACGCCGGUGAGACAAGGACCAAGUCCUACAAGAUCCAUCUCAUGGAGAUGGUCAUCAAUGCCAUCUACUACAACCCUGUUCUCAGUCUCCAGGUUCUCGAAUCCCACGGCUGGACGAACAAGUUCUUCAGCACCUGGUUCUCUAGCAUUGACAACUUCAAACGGGUGCACGACAAGAAGUUGUCGAUUGCGGCUAUCAGCUCGCUUCUGACACUGAAGGGUAACGACGUUCCUGCCAGUGUGCAGCAGGGCUGGCCCCGGUUACUUCAGGGUAUCACUAGACUUUUCCAGACCCUGCCCGCAGCGAUUAGGAAUCGCGAAGAGUCAACCAGGGAGUCCGACUUUGCCUACGAGGACGAAGGCGAAGAAGACGAAGAGGGCAACGACUGGGACGGUGAGAUUGAGUGGGCUGAGGAGGAAGUCGAGGGAGCACUUGAAGGAGAUGUUCCCGACGAGAGCGCUGCUUAUAUCGAUUUCUUGAACCAAGAGGCUCAGAAAUUCGGGUCCUACGGCGGCGACGACGAUGAGGACGAGCUCGACGAAGAGAGCCUCCUCGAGACACCUUUGGACAAGGUUGAACCUUACAGCUUGUUCAAGAAUGUCUUGCUUGGCCUCCAACAAGAGCAGCCUCAGCUUUACGAGAAUCUGACAAAUAUUCUGAAUGUGGAAGAGCAGCAGGUGCUCCAGGCUGUCUUCCAUCAAGCAGACCAGAAAGCCAUGGAAGCAGCUAACGCCCAAGCUGCUGCAGCUGCUGCAGGCAUGACGACUAACGGCCAAUAG